AUGGGAGCCCAAGUCAUAGGCACAUGCUGUGGCUUCGGCGUCGACUACAUCAAGGCUUUGGACGGCGCCCUGCCGGACCGGAUCCCCUCACCGCGACACGAACCACGUCGCGUAGGCUAUAUCUAUGCAAGACAGAUCCCACAUAUGUCCAAGCACAAUGUGACGUCGAACAGGCCUCCGGAUCGACAAGAGGAAUCUCAGAUGGAAUCCAGACCACUGGUGGUUGUGGGUGCAGGGGUAUCGGGGACGGCCGCCGCCAUCGAAGCGGCGAAGGCCGGAGUGCAGGUCACGCUCAUCGACGAAAACCCCAUCUCGACCUCCAUGGUUGGGUUGAAUGUUCCUCAGUUCUUCGGCCAACGGUUCAUGGACGCGCUGCGAAACAAGCCCCUCAUGCUGGAGAGGGUGGCUGCGGCCAACGACGCUCUGGCGGAGGCGGAGGAAGCCGGCGUGGAGGUCCAGCUUGGGACGUGUGUGUGGGGCGCCUUUCGCAAUACCGAAACCAGUAGGGCCCUCGACGGCCCGCAGCUCGGCCUGGCCGACGGCAAGCAGUCGUGGGUGAUGAAGUACGACCGACUCAUCGUGGCAGCCGGCUCCCGGGACUUGGGCAUGUCCUUUGUCGGGUCGAACAUGGCGGGCGCAAUGGGAGCCAACGGCGCCCACUCGCUGAUGAGUCGGUAUCAGGCCCUUGUCUCGACGCGCGCCAUGGUGUCUUGGCUCGGCAACCUGGGCCUCAACACCGCCAGGAUGGCGCUGGACAGAGGUAUCGAGGUAGCAGCCAUCGUGGACGUCUCAUCCUCCGUGCCCGGCGACGAGCCUUUCAAAACGGCGCUGCAGGGCGAAGGCGUAGACCUGUACACCUCCCACACCGUUAAAGAGGCCGUUGGCAAGGCCGACGAUAUCGAGUCCGUCUUGCUGGUCGAUCGACGACAAUAA